UGAGGUACUACGCCGAAAGCGAAUAAAUAGGCACAUCGUUACUCCCACGUCAGUCUCAUACGAAAGAUACGCCAUAAUUGCCGAAACAAAAUCGGCAAGUGCAACGAACACAUAACUGACUACAAAAUGUAACGAAAUCGAAUCAAAAUCAAAUCACAACAACAAAACCUAAAACCAAAGGAGAACGGGUAUCUCUUCCUCUUCCCCUAUACUCGUUCUCCUCCUCUAUUGAAAUCGUCAUCGAUCUUAGGUUAUUGUUGUGAUUGAAAAACUCGUUUUCGGUUUGUUGAUGAAUCUAAUUGAUCCUCAAUCCGAUUGGCUUGUGAACAUAGCCGAUUCUUCGGGUUUUUUUAAGCCGAUUCUUAGGUUUAAAUCAAAUUUGGAAAAUGGAUUCUUCUCAAGGUUCGAAGUUGGCUGGUUUGGUGCAAAAUGCAUCCAUUAAGAGGGAUGGAUCUAGUUUGGAUCGUGUUCCUGUUUAUGUUAAGGAGUUGAUUGCUGGUGGAUUCGCUGGUGCGCUUUCUAAGAGCUCUGUUGCACCUCUAGAACGGGUCAAGAUUCUCUGGCAGACUAGAACUGGAGGAUUCCAUAAUCUUGGUGUUUACCAAUCUAUGAAUAAGUUGCUAAAGCAUGAAGGGUUUCUAGGAUUAUAUAAAGGAAAUGGAGCUAGUGUUAUCCGGAUUGUUCCAUAUGCUGCCUUACAUUUUAUGACAUAUGAGCGGUAUAAAAGUUGGAUCCUUAACAAUUACCCCAUUUUAGGAACAGGUCCUUCUAUUGAUCUUUUAGCUGGCUCGGCAGCAGGGGGAACUUCAGUUUUAUGUACGUACCCCUUAGAUCUUGCCCGUACCAAACUUGCUUAUCAGGUGGUGGACACAAAAGUAUGUAUCAAAGAUGGUAUUAAAGGAGUUCAUUCUCAACCUACAGGUCCUGUACAUAAUGGGAUUAAAGGUGUACUUACGAGUGCCUAUAAGGAAGCUGGAGUUCGUGGACUUUAUAGAGGUGUAGGUCCUACACUCACUGGAAUUCUUCCCUAUGCUGGUUUGAAGUUCUAUACUUAUGAGAAAUUGAAGAUGCAUGUUCCUGAAGAACAUCAGAAGUCCAUUUUGAUGCGCCUUUCUUGUGGAGCUCUUGCUGGAUUGUUUGGGCAGACUUUAACGUACCCUUUGGAUGUUGUUAAGCGACAAAUGCAGGUUGGGAGCUUGCAAAAUGCAGCUAACGGAGAUGCCCGAUACAAGAAUACAUUAGAUGGACUCAGAAAGAUUGUUCGAAAUCAAGGGUGGAGGCAGUUGUUUGCAGGCGUGAGCAUUAACUACAUAAGGAUUGUUCCUUCAGCUGCAAUUAGUUUCACCACAUAUGACAUGAUGAAGGCAUGGCUUGAUGUACCAUCCCAACAAAGAUCUAAAUCAGUUUAGGCAGGAUAGUUUUAGGUGCUAGCUCGUGAUGGCAAGAAUUUACCACUACUGACUUCAUGUUUAUAGGAAUGUCUCCAAUAGAAAUAAUCAACUAGUACUAUUUUUUAGAGCAACUAUUGUGAAUAAAGGAAUCAAUACUCUAGUUUGAUUAUUACAUCAUCUAGAGAGUUACAGCAACUUGCUACUUCAUUAUUUCCUGAACUUUAUGACUGUAACUUGUAGAUUUGUUAGAAACUGUGGAUGCAAAAUAGCUGCUUGCAUGAACAUAAAUUUUAGUUUAAUAAAGUUUUGAACCCUAA